AUGUUACAGUUAACUCGGAGCAUAGUUCGGAACUCUAGAAGAGAGUGGAAGGAUGUGAGAGACAUCGCACUGCAUAUGUUACUGAUAAUCGUCGAAUUUUGGGGCAUGGUAGUGAUAUUACCUGCCUUUCUGGUACUUCCCGGGAUUGUGUUUUCAAUACUGUGCAUUAUGAGUGCGGGCCUCAUUGCAGUUCUUACAUGGCCUUUGCAUGGCAGCCGAGUUGUAAGCAGUGGCAAGGAGCGAAAAAGGAACUUGGAGCAGCUUUCAGGUGUGAAAUUACUUUACAUUAAUGGUUCUAUUACUAGUCAGAGGGGCUUUCGAUCUCAUAUCAACUCCCUGUCAUUAAUCUUUGGUCGGCCGGUUAUAGGCGUUUACAACCCUACCAACGGACUUGUUAUUGAUAUCUUGGAAAUGCUGCUGCUCCGCUCCAUUCCAUAUCCCUCUCGUACUUCUACAACACUUUAUACCCAGCUGCGAGAGCUACUGCUUCCCCCCUCUACUCGCAAGGUCCUCGUCAUAGCACACGGAACCGGGGCUUCUAUUCUCUCUUCAGUUCUCAGCAAGCUACACAACGACCUCCCCAUCGACAUAUUAUCAAAACUCGAAAUCUUCACGUUUGGUUCAGCAGCUACUUAUCUCUCCAAUUCCUUACUCGCACAACACUCUAGAAUCAUUGGAGAACAUUCAACAACUUACCCAGGUGCAAAAGAGGAAAUUGAGCGAGUCAUCCCAUAUAUUGAGCAUUACGCGUUCUCAGCCGACAUUUUUGCCCGUUGUGGGAUCCUGAAAUAUAUGCUUAAAGUACUAGAUAAUCGCUUUUAUGGGAGACUGUUUGUUUUAAACGCGACUCCACAUACUGGCUUGACUUUUACACAGUAUCUGCAAGCAAUAUUUCCAGCGAAUGCGAAAGGCAGUAUGUUGGAUGAGGUAGUGGGAGUGGAUGUACUGAGUGCCGAAGCAAGGGAAAUCGCUGCACAAGGCUUGAACCUUCCUUUAAAGAGUUUAUCGAAUCAUUACGAAGGUAUUGGUGGCACGUUCUUGUCUGACAAAACUCUUGACAUGAACGGGAAGGGGAAGACGGUGAGACAAUUGAGUAGGCUUUGGCAGUAUGCAGGCGGCGCACAUCCGGCUGGGGAGGGUGUAGUAAUUGUAAAUACGACAGCUUACUCUUCUGAAUUAUAA